CCUGGCGGUGCGGGUGUGGCAGGGGUGUGGCCGUCUUCAGUGGCCUUGCUGGGCGUCUGCGGCCUGGCAAGAAGAGCUUGCGCCGCUUGCGUGACAUGCCGGCGGUAGCGAGGGCAGGGCCAAACGAGCCCCGGGUCCUCCUGGGGUGCGGCGCCCUCUGCACAAAGCCGAGAACUGGUGGAGGUCCGGCGGCGGAGACUACAGCUGCUCGUGGGCGUCCCUCCCGGAGAAGGCCGCGCUCCAGGAAUGUUCUGGCCUCGCAGGGCGAGCAAGGAAGGGUGACCUCGCGGCCUGCACACAAAGCUCUGCUUUCCAGAGAUACCAACUUCCUCCAGGAGAUAAACCGCAAACAGGAAGCUGCCCCUACAGGGACUAAACUUAAAGCCAAGUCUCAGAUGUUGCAGAGAAACAAAGAUGUUAUUCCUAGUGGCUCCUUUGUACCAGCAGGACAGGGCCAGCAAUCUGUGCAUGAAGCCCAGGAUUUGUUUCCAAAGCAGGACUCAAAUAAUGAAAAGAUAACAGACAGAACUUCAAGUAGUAAAUUUGAGUGUUCCACCUUCAGAGAAGAUUGGGAUUCAGAGUGUGUGUUAGAAAGGAAUGGUCAAGACACACCAUUUGAGCAAGAAACAGUUACUCAGAACAAAAUCUUCUCAGAGGAAAGAGGUAGUGUGUAUGUUAAAUCUAGAAGAUGGUUUCAUUUGAACAGUUCAGAAGAGAGAAGUCAUAACUGUGAUUCAGGUAAAAGUUUUCCCCAAAAUUCGAUAGUUGUAGAAGAAACAGGAAUCUAUGCAGGAAAAAAACUUUUCACGUGUAAUGAAUGUAAGAAAACUUUUACCCAGAGCUCAUCCCUUACUGUUCAUCAGAGAAUUCAUACUGGAGAGAAACCCUAUAAAUGUAAUGAGUGUGGGAAGGCCUUCAGUGAUGGUUCCUCUUUUGCACGACAUCAGAGGUGCCAUACAGGCAAGAAGCCAUAUGAGUGCAUUGAGUGUGGCAAAGCUUUCAUACAGAACACUUCCCUUGUCCGUCACUGGAGAUACUAUCACACUGGGGAGAAACCCUUUGAUUGCAUUGAUUGUGGUAAAGCCUUCAGUGACCACAUAGGGCUUAAUCAACAUAGGAGGAUUCACACUGGUGAGAAACCCUACAAAUGUGAAGUGUGUCACAAAUCCUUUAGAUAUGGCUCAUCCCUCACUGUACACCAAAGGAUUCAUACUGGAGAAAAACCAUAUGAGUGUGAUAUUUGCAGAAAGGCCUUCAGCCACCAUGCAUCACUCACUCAGCAUCAAAGAGUGCAUUCAGGAGAAAAGCCUUUUAAAUGCAAAGAAUGUGGGAAAGCUUUUAGGCAGAAUAUACACCUUGCUAGUCAUUUGAGGAUCCAUACAGGGGAGAAGCCCUUUGAGUGUGGGGAAUGUGGGAAAGCUUUUAGCAUCAGUUCACAGCUUGCCACUCAUCAGCGAAUUCAUACAGGAGAGAAGCCUUAUGAAUGUAAGAUUUGUAAUAAAGCAUUUACUCAGAAGGCUCAUCUCGCACAACAUCAAAAAACUCAUACAGGAGAAAAACCAUACGAGUGUAAGGAAUGUGGCAAGGCCUUCAGUCAGACCACUCACCUCAUUCAACAUCAGAGGGUUCAUACUGGAGAGAAGCCCUAUAAGUGUCUAGAAUGUGGGAAGGCCUUUGGUGAUAACUCAUCCUGUACUCAACAUCAGAGACUUCACACCGGCCAGAGGCCUUACGAGUGUGUGGAAUGUGGAAAGGCAUUCAAGACCAAGUCAUCCCUUGUUUGUCAUCAUAGAUGCCACACUGGAGAGAAACCUUAUGAAUGUAGUGCAUGUGGCAAAGCCUUUAGCCAUCGGCAGUCCCUUAGUGUACAUCAGAGAAUUCAUUCUGGGAAGAAACCAUAUGAAUGUAAAGAAUGUAGGAAAACCUUCAUCCAAAUUGGACACCUUAACCAACAUAAGAGAGUCCAUACUGGAGAGAGAACGUAUAACUACAAGAAGGGCAGAAAGGCCUUCAGACAGAGUGCACACUUUGUUCACCAUCAUCGAAUUCAUUCCAGAGAGUCAUCCACUCACCCUCCUUUGCCUUCCACAUCGAGUCCUGUGGAUGUCUUCCCCAAAUUCAUCUGGAAUCCAUCCUCCCCUUCAUCAUCAUAAUCUCAAAGCAUCAUUAUUUCUGCUAUACUUGGUUAACAACUCCUCUCUCUGCCCCUUUGUUCACUUUGUCCCUUACAAGUUCUUCAUGUUACAAUCAGGCUGGGUUAUUUUUGGAGUAUAACUAUAACUAAUCUGCUCAUAUAAAACUUACAUUCAUUGGUUAAUGCCAAAGAUGUGCCUGGUCCAUACCAAGUACUCAGCAGACUUGGGUCUUUUAUAAGUUUCUUUUUGAAGGUGAAAAAUUUAUUGUAGUCAGCUCUGAUGAAAGCGAUGCAAUAGAAUGAGGUUAGGAGAAAUCAGAUUUUAGAUCAGGAAGGGAGUUCUUUGAAUUGUUGAUGAGGCUUGCUUCUUUUCCUUGAAAACUUGGUUCUAAGCCAGGGGUAUGGUGGGCUCACCUGUAAUCCUGAAUCCUGAAUGCAAGGCCAGCUCCAUGAAACUUAUUGAGGCCCUAUCUCGAAACCAAAUCAAAACAGUUGAUCCUAUGGUGCUGAAUUGUACCAUGGUUUUGGAUUGGAGCUAUAGGAAAUGUAAGGUAAUUGAACUUCUAGUGAGGAAGUUCUAUGAUACACUUGACAAUAGCCUUAAAGGAUAGACAGCCUGGAACAAACGAAUUAAAAUAAUUGGAAAAGUGAAAGAUUUUAUAUGCAUGUAGUUAAAACUACCAACAAAUUGAAUAAUGAGGAAGCACUGAAGGAUGUGAUCUAUUUAAAGUCAUGAGUUUGGCAAACUUCCAAAUAGGUAAACUGAUCUACAAUAGGGGGCAGCAAACUGACUUAGAGUGAAAGUCUCACUGGUUAUUUUUGGAGGGCCCAUACUCUAAAAUUCUGAAAAUAUGUUUAACUGGUUUUAAAAAUUGGAUGAAUGUUUUCUUUUUUUAAAUUUUUUAUUAUAAUUUAUUACAAUUUAUUCAAUUUGUAUCCCAGCUGUGUCCCCCUCCCUCAUCUCCUCACAAUCCUACCCUCUCUCCCUCUUCUCUCUCUAUGCCCCUCCCCUAGUCCAGGUCGAAUAUUUUCAACAUGAUAAUUAUGUGAAUUGACAUUUUAGUGUUUGAAGGUGAAGUGUUGGCACAAAGCAUCAUGUUUACUUCCAUAUUGUUUGUGGUGCCUCCAUUUACAAAGGAAAUCUGUCCUGUGAUGAAAACUGGCUCAGAGAGAAAAAAAAAGAUGAUGCCAGAACCUUUAUGGAAAAUGUUUGCUGAAUUGUGCAAAAACAGUUGGACUGUUUUUGUAAAUAGAGUUUUAUUGAGUGACACCCAUGGUCAUUGGUUUACCAGUGAUCUUUGGCUGCUGUUUUACAGUGGUAGAAUUGAGUAGCUGCACUGGAGACUGUAUGAUCCCAUUAAACCACAAAUAGUUACAGCUGAAGAGUAGAGGAGAAUGUACAAAAGUUUCUAAUCUCAUGGCAAUAAUAAACCCUGACCAAAAAUCAAAACAACAACAAAAAAACCCAAGAAUAUUGGGCCAGUGUGAUGACUUAGCCAGUAAUGGUAUCUUUUGCCAAUCCUGAUAACCUGAGUUUAAUCCUUGGAACUCAUGUGGUAGAUGGACUCAUGAGAGUCCUCUAACCGUCACAUACAUAAGUUUGCAUGCAUACCUCAAACACAAACAAUAGGUAUUUAAAAAACACAACUUAUAAAUUAAUUUAUGAAGAGAUGAAAUUAUUAAAUGAAAUAAAAGUCUAUAAAAGAGAAAUGUAUUUAGAGGAAAUGUUAAAAUGUUUUUAAAUUAUCUUUCCAAAACAGUCCCAUGAGGAUAUAUGGACAACAUCAGGAAACAAUUAGGCAAGAAUAUAAAAAAAUUUUUUUUUUUAGAUUUGUUUGUUUGCUUAUUUUGAGGCAGAAUCUCUCUUUGUAGCUUUGGUUGUCCUGGAAUUUGCUAUGUAGACUAGGCUACCUUUUAAUUCAGAGAACUGUCUACCUCUGCCUCCCAAGGUGUGCACCAUCAUGCUUGGCUUUUUAUUUGUGUGUGUGUGCCACAUGUGUUCCUUUACCCACAGAGGCUAGAAGAGAGCACUGGACCCUCAAAUGAACAAUUCAGAGUAGGAAUUUAAAAAAUUAAAUACAUUAAUCCAAUCCAAAGAUAUACUAAUUUGAUACAUGCUGAGGAAUGAGGGAGGAAAAUAUUCAAAGUCUCUUUUUAUGCAACUUUAAGAGCAGGAAGCUUUGUAUUUAUAGCAUAGUCACUGUGGUUCAUAAUGUACAAGUCUCACACCUCAAUUGAGUACCUUUGUUGGCACUGCAUGGUGUAGCAACAUACACAGAACAAAGUACACAAGUUGUGUUUUCAGAACCAGAGCUUCAGGGGAACCGUGUAAUGCAACAUUGGAGACCAGACCAGACCUCAGGUUCAUGUUGAAUUCUGAAUUUUUGGUUGCUGUGCAUUCAGAAGCCUAUUAUUGUUUGCAGCAUUCAGUGUUUACAUUCAGUUGUGAGUCGUAAGAAGCUGGGAUUUAGAGUUCCCUGUGGCUUGUAGUAUGGAGUGUGGGGAGCAGCCCUGGCUGUGUGCCUUUAGGAGCUGGAGAAGUCAGCUACCAUAGUGGCACACUUGAGGUAUGCCCCAAGUGUUCAAAAUGGCCAACCGGAGGCUCAAAUUUUCCCAUCCAACAUCUUUGCCUAUUGACAAGAAAAUUAGCGACACUUUUACAAAUGUAAAAAAACAAAACAACAAAAACCAACUUUACAUUAUAGUAGUGACUUUUGUUCGUUUUUGUCUUUGAGACAGAAUCGCUACAUAGCCCUACCUAUCCUGGAACUCUCUAUGUAGACCAGGCUGGCCUUGAACUCAGAGAUCCACCUGCCUCAGCCUCCUGAGUGUGUUGGGGUUAAAGACAAACACCACCAUACCUGGCUAGUAACUUUUUUAAAGUUUGCUUUAAUUAUUCUGAACACCUGCCUGGGCCACAAGGAAGGCAUAGUUCUCCCCUAUCUGUUCCUCAGCUACUAUGUGUCAAAACACUCUUGUCACUAAAAAUAAAGCCCUGAACAGGAUGAAGAUGAGCAUAAUGUUCAGCCUUGUAGGGAGGGGUAAACACAGGGAUGAGGGUAGGUUAUGUCAGGGAGCAAUAACUAAUGCAUGAAAUUGGUUACACGUAGACAUCACAAGUACACAAAAUCAAAUAUUUUUAUCUUUUAGUCUGUCCCUGAUGCCUUCUAAGUCUCUCCUGUCUUCUACUCAGAAGCCACAGCUGCCUCGUUGGCUUUAAAGCUUGGCUUCCCAUUUUGGCUCUGUCCAGACCUCAUUUUCCCAAGCUGAUAGUCACGCCUGAGUGGAUGCUGUAUGGUCCGCUUGUCCUUCUGGAUCGAACACGAGGCUGAGAGGGUUCUAGUGACUUUAUUCUGAACUGGGAGACAUCACCUGCGGAAGAGUGGAGACUAAUUUGCCCACUGGAGAGGCUCCUUGUCACCCUGGGAUAAUCUUGCUCAAGAGUCACCGGGCGAUGACUACCUAUCCCAAGUUCCAUUGCAGGGGACCACUAGACCACCUCCGGUAUAGACCGGAAGUCACUGACGCUUGAAACCAGGUUCAGAGAUGAAAUUAUUGAUGGAUAUGGGGUGGAAGUUAUACUUGAUCAGGGAAAGCUGCAGGGAGUGGUGUGCAGGCCGGUGCGAGUGUGGUCUGGCGUCUGUGGAGCUGACUCGCAUGUUUUUUGUGAAUGUGGUGAUGUGGGAGACUGCAGGUUAGUGUGGUACAGGAUGCGUGCUGGGAGGGGCUUGUGUGGAAAUGAGUCUCCCGGCUUGCUUGCAGCAGCUUGUGGGGGACGACUGUGGGUACUGACUGGAAUGAACGAAACACUUCUAAGUGGUUGAGGCUAUACCUUCUCACCAUCAGAUACAUGGUCUCAGGUGGCAAAGAGCCCAGAGACAGUGUCCAGACAGCUUAAGUAUUUCUUGCUUGACCUUUCUGGAGGAGACAGAGCUCAGGACUCUUCCAGAAGCAGACGCUACUUAGGUAAGGAUGAGAGAUAAUUUGGGUGUGGCUAAAGAAGUGAAAAAUUGAGAUUUGAGGAAGAUUUUAUUUGGAGUGCCCAGUGCUGGAGGACGGUGUGGGUGGUCUCUGGCGCUGGUAAAAUGCAGUCUAAAGAUUUGGAAGGUCCGCUACUGGGUAGCUGUGUUCAGGAAGUUGCCCAGACCCUGCCAUACCCUGCCAUCUAGGUCUUCGUGUUACCCAGAAUUUGGAGGAGUGACUACCAUCUAGUAGAACUUUUCUUCAGGUUGCUCUUCUGCUGUCCUGGGACAUCGGCAUUUUCUUUUUGACCUGUCAGGUCCAUGUCCUGUCACGGUAUGGAGAGUAGAUUCACAGUUUUAUUUAGAAAUGCCAAGGGAUCCCAACCUUUUAUUCUGUGCACGAAUAUAUUCACUUUUCCCAGACUUCUUUUGCUUCCUUUCUGUCACUGCCCACCCUAGCGACAAAGUGGGAGGGGGCAAGAAAUGCUGUUCAUAGUCCUCUUAACCACCUAAAGUGUUUUAUUCAUUCCAGUACACUAUGCUUGCUUCCCUGGAUACAGUUAUAAUAGCUAAUUUUUAUUGAGUGCUUAUUAUGUGGCAGACACAGACUGGAUCUUGUAGUAAUUUAGAACUUUUGGGAGUAUUAACAAGAGGGUGUGACGUAGGAAAUACCUCGACUCCGUCUUACAGAUGAGGACUCUAAAGCACAGAGUGGGCAAGUAAUCACUAGAAAGCAGAAGAGGCAGGAUUCAGAAUCAGGAAAUGAUGACUCUAGCCUCCUCCUCUUUAUUUGCUGUCGUUACAUUCACUCACUAACUGUUUAACACCCUUUGACAUGGAUCCAGAUGGUUAAGUUGAAUAUCAAGAGUUUAUACUUCACACUUUACUCCAUGAGUUUGGAUUUUUGUUUUUAUGACUCUUAGUUCUUAUGUUAAAUGGAAUAUUUUAAUAUCAUAUAGUUUGUAAGACUUUUCACAAGGAUUAAAUGAGUUCAUACAUACUUGGUGUGGUCU